AUGUCUGCGAGUCCAGAGCCAACCGCUACGGCGACCACCCCGCCGAUCGAAUCGAAGCAAGAUGCAGAAGAGGCCGUGCAGCCGCCGACCCCAGGCGCAGGCGACGAGGCUGAUGCCAACGAAAGUGACGCCAAACCGGCUCAAGAUAAGGGGGGCGACGAAAACGAGAAUGAUAUUGAUGAACAUGACCUCGUCGGCUCAGAUGACGAGUCCAUUCUCUCUGAAGUAGACGAGGCGCAGUUCGAGGAUUUCGAUCCUGAGAAUGUGGAUAUUGAAGAUCGUCCGCAAUUGGAUAUCGAUGAAGAGAACUUGAAGCUUAUCGGGCGACACAAGAGAAAGCGGACAGGAGAUGAAGAGGGGUCAUCUAGACGGAAGAAAGAAGGGCGACGGAAGAAGAGCCGGCGGCAUGCGGAUGAUGAAGAGGGUGGAAGUGAUGGUGACACUGGAGGGAGGCGGAGGAAGCCCAAGAAGGUUGAGGUUGAGGAGGAUGAUGAGACACUUGAUCCUGCUACGCGUCGACGGAGAGCCCUUGACCGUGCUAUGGAUGAGGCGAUGAAGAAGCCAACGAAGAGAAGGGCUAGGAAGCAGGAUGGAAUUGAUUUGGAACAAAUGGCAGAUGCCGAGAUUGAGGAGAUGCGCAAGCGCAUGACCCAUGCGGCCCAGAUGGAUGCCAUCAACCGACGUGAAGGCAAACCAGCUAUGCACAAGCUUAAGAUGCUUCCUGAGGUCGUGUCGCUUCUCAACCGUAACCAAUACGUUAAUACCUUGGUCGACCCAGAAAUCAAUCUGCUGGAGGCAGUCAAGUUCUUCCUCGAGCCGCUAGACGAUGGAUCGCUUCCGGCCUACAAUAUCCAACGCGACCUGUUGACUGCAUUGGGCAAGCUCCCGAUCAACAAGGAAACGUUGGUUGCCAGCGGUAUCGGUAAGGUGGUAGUGUUUUACACUCGGAGCAAGCGUCCAGAGCCCGGCAUCAAGCGCAUGGCCGAGCGAUUGCUAGCUGAGUGGACGCGACCCAUUCUCCAGCGCAGCGACGACUACUCCAAGCGAGUAUACCAAGAAGCAGAGUUCGAUCCUACCAAAAUCACAUCGCGUGUCAAGACCGUCCAGGAGAAUACUGCUGAGGCGCGCGCCCGCGAGCUCCUUCCUCCGCGCCUGGCGAACCGUGCGCGUGCUGAAAUUUCACAUACCAGCUACACCGUUGUUCCGAGACCGACAAUGGUGCAAGAAAGCAAGUUUGCGCGACCGCUAGGAGCGAGUGGAGAAGAUCGAUUCCGUAGAAUGCGGGCGCGCCAGAUCGCAGCGGCGAAGGGCAGUGGCACGCGACGGUAG